AUGGCGUUGACCUCCACCCCGACGAGCUCCUCCUUGGCCAAUCCCAGCCAUUGCGCAGAGAGCCCGGUCCCCUCCUGGUGCAGUAGCGAGACGGACAAAUCGCGCGCGGCGUUGUCGAUGACGGUGGGGCUGGAGACCUUCACCUCCUCCCCACGGUUGCUCGGACGUAGGCGCCAGGACGAACUGGGUGGGCCCGAACUCCAGUGCUUCAGAACGUUGGGCGAGAUAAGGGAGUCCUGGCUCGUAAUGCGGCUCACCUCUCGCCAAGAGAUGCCAUCCAAAUCAAGCCGCUCCACAAUGUACGCGCUUCCAGGGGAAAGGUUGUUCACCUUGACCCCUACCAUCGACUCGGGGCGAGGGAGCCGCACCUGCAGAACCGCUUCCGGCAUCUCGUUGGGGGUGUCGAGCAUUUUGGGCUCCUCGGAGAGGCUCGCCUUGUAG